AUGCCAGGCCGCGUGGUGAAGCACCAGGGCGCCUCCGAGCCGUCGGGGUUUCGGCAGAAGUUCUCCCUGAGGUCCCUGGGCAGUGGCUCCGCUCAGCGCGCCUCGGACGCUGAGAAGCCCAGGGUCACAGGCAUCGUGCACGAGAAGCUGCUAGAGGACUACCUGCACCGCGUCUUCUCCUCUCCUGACGCCGCCGCCACCAGCAGGAAACCCCUGAACUUCCAGAACCUGCCAGAGCAUCUGGACCAGCUGUUACAGGUGGACAGUGAGGAGGAGGAGAGCCAGGGGCAGGUGGAAGGGCGGCUCGGCCCCUCCACUGUGGUCCUGGACCACACGGGCGGCUUCGAGGGGCUGCUGCUGGUGGAUGACGACCUCCUGGGGGUGAUUGGCCACAGCAACUUCGGCACCAUCCGCUCGACCACCUGCGUGUACAAAGGGAAAUGGGUGUACGAGGUGCUCAUCUCCUCCCAGGGGCUCAUGCAGAUCGGCUGGUGCACCAUCAACUGCCGCUUCAAUCAGGAGGAGGGCGUCGGAGACACACACAACUCCUACGCCUACGACGGCAACCGGGUGCGCAAGUGGAACGUGACCACCACGAACUACGGCAAGGCGUGGGCCGCGGGGGACAUCGUGAGCUGCCUGAUCGACCUGGACGCCGGCGCUCUGUCCUUCUGCCUGAACGGCAUGUCGCUGGGCACCGCCUUUGAGAACUUGUCCAGGGGCCCGGGCAUGGCCUACUUCCCAGCCAUCAGCCUCUCCUUCAAGGAGUCCGUGGCCUUCAACUUCGGCAGCCGCCCCCUGCGCUACCCAGUGGCGGGCUACCGGCCCCUGCAGGACCCGCCGCGUGCCGACCUGGUGCGGGCACAGAGGCUGCUGGGCUGCUUCCGGGCAGUGCUCAGCGUGGAGCUGGACCCCGUGGAGGGGCGGCUGCUGGAGAAGGAGAGCUCCGAGUGGCAGCUGCAGGGCCAGCCCACCGUGCUGCUCACGCUGGCCCACAUCUUCCAGCGCUUCGCUCCGCUCCUGCGCAAGGUGUACCUGGUGGAGUCGGUGCUCACGAGCUUCCUGCUGGGCCUCGUGGAGGCGGGCAGCCCCGAGCAGGCGCCGGCCGCGGUGGGCCAGGUUCUGGACCUCCUGUGGCUCUUCAUGGAGGAAUACGAGGUGCACGACUGCCUCAAGCAGCUGAUGAUGGCCCUGCUGCGCCUGUACCGCUUCUCGCCCAUCGUCCCCGACCUCAGCCUGCAGAUCCACCACCUGCGGCUCACCGUCGCCAUCCUGAGGCAUGACAAGUCCCGCAAGUUUCUGCUGAGCAACGUGCUCUUCGACGCGCUCCGGUCUGCCGUCUUCUUUCACAUCAAGAGCCCGCUGCGCGUGGAGGAGGCCGGCCUGCAGCAGCUCAUCCCCACCACCUGGUGGCCCCCCCACCCCGGCAAGGAGGGCAAGGACAGUAAGGAGGUGAAGGAGGAGACGGCCGAGGAGCGGCUGCGGAGGCGUGCCUACGAGCGGGGCUGCCAGAGGCUCAAGAAGCGCAUCGAAGUGGUGGAAGAACUGCAGGUCCAGAUCCUGAAGCUGCUGCUGAACAAUAAGGAUGAGAAUGGGGGUGAAGCUUCUAGGUACAUCUUCCUGACCAAGUUCCGGAAGUUCCUGCAGGAGAAUGCCAGCGGCCGGGGGAACAUACCCCUGCUCUGCCCCCCUGAGUACAUGGUCUGCUUCUUGCACCGGCUGAUCUCCGCCCUGCGCGGCUACUGGGAUGAGUACAAGGCUUCCAACCCCCACGCCUCCGUCAGCGAGGAGGCCUACGUCCCGCCCCAGGUCUUCUACAACGGCAAGGUGGACUACUUCGACCAGCAGCGCCUCGGCGGCCUCCUCUCUCACCUCCGCAAGACCCUCAAAGGUGCGUGCGGCCGGUGGGGACAGGUCCGGGCUGUGGACAGGGAGCCGGCUCUGCGGUGCGUGCCGAGCUACCUGUGCCCACUAGAGGGCGCCCGAGCACCGGCCUGCGGAGGGGGGGGCGGCUCUGCCCACUGGCCUCUUGUCUUGGGUCCAGCUGUCCCUUCCCUGGAGCACCCCCCACCCCGGGGGCCUCUGGGAGCCCUGCAGACGAGCGAAGCCGGGGGCCGGGAAAUGAGGCCGGGGCGCAAGGGCAGAGCCUCCGACAGGGACUGUCAGCUCAUGGCUGGCAGCGGGGAGGUCGGGCUGCGGCUGUGCUUCGAGUGGGGCAGCCACUGGAACGAGGGCCUGCUGCUGGGGCGGCCCCCCGAGGAGCCCGAGCAGCCCCUCACGGAGAACUCGCUGCUGGAAGUGCUGGACGGGGCCGUGAUGAUGUACAACCUCAGCGUCCACCAGCAGCUGGGCAAGAUGGUGGGGGUGUCCGACGACGUCAACGAGUACGCGAUGGCUCUGAGGAGCACGGAGGACAAGCUGCGCCGCUGCCCCAAGAGGAGGAAGGACAUCCUUGAGGAGUUGACCAAGAGCCAGAAAGUUUUCUCAGAAAAGCUGGACCACCUGAGCCGCCGUCUUGCCUGGGUCCAUGCCACUGUCUACUCUCAGGAGAAGAUGCUGGACAUCUACUGGCUGCUGCGCGUCUGUCUGCGGACCAUCGAGCACGGAGACCGCACCGGCUCGCUCUUCGCCUUCAUGCCCGAGUUCUACCUGAGCGUGGCCAUCAACAGCUACAGCGCCCUCAAGAACUACUUCGGGCCCGUGCACAGCAUGGAGGAGCUCCCAGGCUAUGAGGAGACCCUGACCCGCCUGGCUGCCAUCCUUGCCAAGCACUUCGCCGACACACGCAUCGUGGGCACUGACAUCCGUGACUCGCUGAUGCAGGCGCUGGCCAGCUACGUCUGCUACCCACACUCCCUGCGGGCCGUGGAGCGCAUCCCCGAGGAGCAGCGCGUCGCCAUGGUGAGGAGCCUCCUGGCUCCCUACGAGCAGCGGCCCUGGGCGCAGACCAACUGGAUCCUGGUGCGGCUCUGGAAGGGCUGUGGGUUUGGGUACCGCUACACACGGCUGCCCCACCUGCUGAAGAUCAAGCCCGAGGACGCCAACCUGCCCAGCCUGCAGAAGCCCUGUCCGUCCAUCCUGCUGCAGCAGCACAUGGCGGACCUGCUGCGCCAGGACCCCGACGUGGCGCCCAGCUUCCUCAACAGCGUCCUCAACCAGCUCAACUGGGCCUUCUCGGAGUUCAUCGGCAUGAUCCAGGAGAUCCAGCAGGCCGUGGAGCGCCUGGAGAGGAACUUCGUGGACACCCGGCAGCUCAAGGUCUGUGCCACCUGCUUCGACCUCUCGGUCAGCCUGCUGCGCGUCCUGGAGAUGACCAUCACCCUGGUGCCCGAGGUCUUCCUCGACUCGACCCAGCCCACCUCCGAGAUGCUGCUGCAGCGGCUCGCCCAGCUGCUGAACCAGGUGCUGAACCGGGUGACGGCUGAGAGGAACCUCUUCGACCGCGUGGUCACCCUGUGGCUGCCUGGCCUGGAGAGCGUGGACCACUACCCCAUCCUGGUGGCAGUGACGGGCAUCCUGGUGCGGCUCCUGGUGCACGGCCCCGCCUCAGGGACGGAGAAAGCCACGUCAGUGCUCCUGGCUGACCCCUGUUUCCAGCUCCGCUCCAUUCGCUAUCUUCUGGGGCACCCAGAGCCCCCCGGCCCUGGCACUGCCCCGCCUGCCCCUGACCGGAAGCGCUUUUCCCUACAGAGCUACACAGACUACAUCAGCAGCGAGGAGCUGGCCCAGGUGGAGCAGAUGCUGGCACACCUGACCUCCGCGUCUGCCCAGGCUGCAGCUGCCUCCCUGCCCACCAGCGAGGAGGACCUUUGCCCCAUCUGCUAUGCGCACCCCAUCUCUGCGGUGUUCCAGCCCUGUGGCCACAAGUCCUGCAAAGCCUGCAUCAACCAGCACCUGAUGAACAACAAGGACUGCUUCUUCUGCAAAGCCACCAUCGAGUCGGUGGAGGACUGGAGGGCAGGCGGGGCGAGCAACACCUCCUCGGCUGCCUAGGUCUGCGGUCCACACAGCAGGAGCCUCUGCCGGAGCCCAGACCCAGGCUGGGCCCUAUUUAUGAGCUCCCCUGGCCAGCCCCGCGUCCAGCACCCAGAGGG